GCGGGCGGGGAACGUGCGUCCGUCGGCAGCAGCGGGAGGAGGGGCGGCGCCAGCCAUGGCCGGGGACAGCGAGCAGACCCUGCAGAACCACCAGCAGCCCAACGGCGGCGAGCCCUUCCUGAUCGGCGUCAGCGGGGGCACGGCCAGCGGCAAGUCUUCCGUCUGUGCUAAGAUUGUGCAGCUCCUGGGACAGAAUGAGGUGGACUGUCGCCAGAAGCAGGUGGUCAUCCUGAGCCAGGACAGCUUCUACCGCGUCCUUACGUCGGAGCAGAAGGCCAAAGCCCUGAAGGGCCAGUUCAAUUUUGAUCACCCGGAUGCCUUUGACAAUGAACUCAUCUUCAAAACACUCAAAGAAAUCACCGAAGGGAAGACGGUGCAGAUUCCCGUGUAUGACUUUGUCUCCCAUUCCCGGAAGGAGGAGACGGUUACUGUCUACCCCGCGGAUGUGGUGCUCUUUGAAGGGAUCCUGGCCUUCUACUCCCAGGAGGUGCGAGACCUUUUCCAGAUGAAGCUUUUCGUGGACACAGAUGCGGACACCCGGCUCUCCCGCAGAGUAUUAAGGGACAUCAGCGAAAGAGGGAGGGACCUUGAGCAGAUUUUAUCUCAGUACAUUACGUUCGUCAAGCCUGCCUUUGAGGAAUUCUGCUUGCCAACAAAGAAAUACGCUGAUGUGAUCAUUCCUAGAGGUGCAGAUAAUCUAGUGGCCAUCAACCUCAUUGUGCAGCACAUUCAGGACAUCCUGAACGGAGGGCUCUCCAAACGGCAGACCAAUGGCUAUCUCAACGGCUACAUCCCUUCACGCAAGAGGCAGUCGUCCGAGUCCAGCAGCCGGCCCCAUUGACCCCUCUCUCCUUCAGGCCUGGCCCCUAUCUUCAGGAGACAGGAGGAGGGAUCAGGAGGCACUGUUCAUCCGUACAUGUGCUUUCCUAGGACAUUGCUGUAUUUAAGAACACACCAUGGAGAUGACAUGCCUUUGUUUUUCCUUUUUUUUGUUUUUUUUGUUUUGUUUUGUUUUUUGUGCUUUGGAGCGGCGAAAUGAAACCGAAUUUGACCCUGAGCUUAAAUGACAAACUGUGCCAACUACUACUGGUGAUGCCUAAUUAUGAAUCCAACGUGUAACCAGUUAUAAAUACAUAUAUAUAUAUAUAAAAGGAUCUAUUUUUGUGUAAAUGUACAAAUACUGUAAAGCUGUUUGCUGUUAAGUAUUGUGC